AUGUCCCGUAGGUUUGAUCUCAAGACUAUAACUGAUUUAUCAGUUCUCAUAGGGACAGGAAUAUCUCUUUAUUACCUUAUUAAUAGAUUGUUGAAUGACGUAGAAUCCGGUCCUAUUGGCCGAUCCAAGGAAUCUAAAGCAAGACAAGUGCAGCAGUGGGAAAGGUUAAUCAAAAGGUCUCCUUCUUUGGCUGAUGUUGAGCUUAGUUCAUACGAAAAAUCAAUAUUAUCAUCUGUAGUUACACCAGAAGAAAUCGAUACUUCAUUUACAGAUAUUGGCGGUUUGGAAAAUUUAAUUUCUGAUUUGCAUGAAAGUGUUAUUUACCCACUAACUAUACCUGAAUUAUACUCAAAUACACCAUUAUUACAGGCACCCACAGGUGUCCUACUUCAUGGUCCACCAGGCUGCGGUAAGACUAUGCUGGCAAAGGCCCUUGCCAAGGAAAGUGGAGCAAAUUUCAUAUCUAUUAGAAUGUCAUCUAUUAUGGACAAAUGGUACGGUGAGUCUAAUAAGAUUGUGGACGCUAUCUUUUCAUUGGGUAAUAAGAUUGAACCAUGUAUAAUAUUCAUUGACGAAAUUGAUUCGUUUCUUAGAGAAAGAUCCUCCACUGAUCAUGAAGUGACGGCCACUUUAAAGGCAGAAUUUAUGACUCUUUGGGACGGUUUGUUGAACAAUGGACGUGUCAUAAUUAUCGGAGCUACUAAUCGAUUACAUGACAUAGAUGAUGCGUUUUUAAGAAGAUUACCAAAAAGAUUUACUCAUUUCAUUGCCAGGUUUGGAACAAAGGAAAAAAUUUUAAAGGUUUUAUUGAAAGACACGGAGCUUAACGAUAACUUUGAUUUGGAUGAGAUUGCAUUGAACACUUCUGGAUAUUCAGGCUCAGAUUUAAAGGAAUUAUGUAGGGAGGCUGCUCUGAAAGCUGCAAAGGAAUACAUUAAGCAAAAAAGACUUUUAAUGGAUAACGGAAAGAAAGGUGAUAAAGAUAGAUUGAAAAUAAGGCCAUUGAUGACAGAAGAUUUUGCUAAUAUGAAAUUAGAUGCAAGAAGACCUGUUCAAUCAUGGUCACUAGAUUGA